AUGACUAGCAUGUAUUUUGUUAGUUUGGUGGUGUGUUUCCUUGCUGUUUCGUGUCUUACAUGGGCAGACUACGCCCCUGACGAGGUAACCGAACUACCGGGAAUGUCGUUUAAACCAAACUACCGGCAAUGGUCGGGCUAUUUGAAAGCCAGCCCUGGAAAGUUUCUCCAUUACUGGUUUGUGACCUCACAGAGGGACCCACUGAAGGACCCUGUUGUGCUGUGGCUGAACGGAGGGCCAGGCUGCAGCUCGCUGGACGGCUUUCUGUCAGAGAAUGGCCCCUUCCAUGUGAAUGAUGAUGGGGCCACUCUGUAUGAGAAUAAGUUCAGCUGGAACAGGAUCGCCAACGUUCUAUACCUAGAGUCCCCUGCAGGUGUGGGAUACUCCUACUCUGACAACCAAAAGUACAAAACUGACGACGACCAGGUGGCUGAUGACAACUACCUAGCUCUGCAGAGUUUCUUUGCCAAGUUUCCAAACUUCACACAGAAUGAGUUCUUCAUCAUCGGUGAGAGUUAUGGUGGGAUCUAUGCCCCGACACUCAGCCAGCGUGUAGCCACAGGGACCGCAAAGAUUAACUUCAAGGGCUUUGCAGUGGGUAAUGGCCUCAGUAGCUUUGCCCUGAAUGACCAGUCUCUGAUCUACUUUGGUUACUACCAUGGCCUCUUUGGAGAACAACUGUGGACAGAUCUGAACACAAACUGCUGCGAUAAGGGAACCUGUAACUUCUUCAACAACAGCAAGGAGGCCUGCAAGACACUGUUGAGCCAGGCCUUUAGUAUUGUGUAUGAUUCUGGGCUGAAUGAGUAUGCACUUUACCUGGACUGUGAGGGUGGCGUUAGGGCCAGAGCCUAUGAGAGGAGCAUGAGCCACCUCUUCAGGAACUACAGGAAGCACUGGGACACCUUCCAGCUGCUGAAGGUGCCGUCCAUCGCUGGCCAAACUCCUUCGGUGGGUGAGGUCCCUCCUUGCAUUAACAGCACAGCUCAGAUGAACUGGCUCAACCGGGGUGAUGUGAGGAAAGCCCUACACAUCCCUGAUACACUUCCGCCCUGGGACAUCUGCAGUGACGUGGUGGGGGGACAGUACACCAACAUCUACCCGACAGUGAAGGAUGUGUAUCUGAAGCUGCUGUCUCUGGGGGUGCGGGCGCUGGUCUAUAACGGAGACACUGACAUGGCCUGCAACUUCCUGGGAGACAAGUUUGUGGAGCAGCUCAACCAGAAGACAACCACCAAGUACCAGAGCUGGAUAUCUGAUGACCAGAUUGCCGGCUUCUACGAGCAGUAUGGAAACAUCACCUUCCUGACUGUGAAGGGCGCUGGUCACAUGGUGCCGCAGUGGGCUCCAGGCCCCGCCUUAGACAUGUUCCAGUCCUUCCUGUCCAACAAACCCUACUGAGCAUUCUCCUGGGGCUGCUUCCGUGUCAGUAAUGGGACUUAUUAGUUGGUCAGGAUGAUGGCCCAUUUUUCUCAGGGAGGGUUGGGUGGAAAAGGGGAUCUGUUCAAUGUUUUUGUAUUGUGAUCAAAUGACAUGUUUCUGUUGCACUCCAAGUAAGAGCUCAGUAGAUCAAAGCAAGUGCACACACUUAUCAGUGUUGGGGACUAAGCCAUUUCUUAAUUUCAGUAAAUGUAUCAUUUUACUUUUCUUGAAGCAAACUACAUAUUAAUAGCCUUACAGAAAUGUUUUGAUGUGAUCCACCUCAAUCUUCCUUUAGUGAUGCUGUGCAAUCACUCUGGUUGGCUUUAACUGAUUAGCAGCUUAUUAGUCUCAUCAGAACUGUCAUUUGCCUUUUGUGAAUUUCCUCAUGCAGUUUUUUUAAUCAGGGGUUUUCAGUUGUCACCACUUGGGGGAGCUGAAAUGCUGUGGAACUCAAAUAGCCAAAAGGCCAAUCAGCACUUUAAAAUAAUCUAACAUUCUUUGUCUUUCAAAUAAAUGGUUUUUAUGAAA